UCAGUCAUCUGUCCAAUCACAGACGGAAUAGUCAACACUUCGGUGUAGCGCAUGUCUACGGGAGAAAGGAGGAAUGUCCGCCGAGUUUAGUCGAAAUACGUUUGUUAAUUGAACGUUUAACGAUUACUGUUGUACUGAACGUACAAGUUUUUUGGACAGGCGGUAGCCAUGGCUUCCCGAGCUGGACCUCGAGCUACUGGCACAGAUGGGAGUGACUUUCAGCACCGCGAGAGAGUGGCCUCACACUACCAGAUGAGUGUCGCCCUCAAGUCGGAGAUCCGUAAGCUAAACAUCGUCCACGUUCUGAUCUGGCUCCUCUUAGCUGCCCAGGUGACGGUGAGCCAGCUGAACCUGGUGUCCCACAGCGUGGUGGCUGCUCCCUACCAGUGGGAGUACCCCUACCUGCUCAGUAUCAUCCCCUCCCUCUUCAGCUUCAUGGCCCUGCCCAAAAACAACAUUAGCUACCUGGUGAUCUCCAUGAUCAGUGCUGGGCUCUUCUGCAUAGCACCGCUCAUCUACGGGAGUAUGGAGAUGUUCCCGGUGGCCCAGCAGCUGUACCGUCACGGCAAGGCCUACCGCUUCAUCUUCGGCUUCUCUGCUGUGUCCGUCAUGUACCUGGUGAUGGUGAUGGCGGUGCAGGUGCACGGCUGGCAGAUCUACUACAGCAAGAAACUGCUGGACGCCUGGUUCACCUCCACACAAGACAAGAAGAAGAAAUGAGGACAGAGGAGGACUUCAUUAUUUAAACAACUGACAAAGAACAACUAUUGCUGCCUGCCACUGUCUGCCACUGCUUCUAGGCCUAUCUUCCAUAUAUAUUUGAAUUCUAUACCCCCCCUCUCGCCAUCCCUAAUUGAUAGUUGUAGGACUAAUUGGAAUCCUUUAUACCACUCAGGAGGCUGUCCUGUCCUGUCGUCUUCCUGGUAAACCCUCUCACCUCCAUUAUCCCAUCUCCUGGCUCUGGAGCCUGUGGACAGAUUAAGACUUGAGUUGUCAAUCUGAGACUCCAGGGUUAAAUGUUGACCUGUCCUGCUGUCUUUAGAAACCCAUCCUCUUUAUAUCUCAGUCCUGAUCUAUGGAGCUGGCUGCCAUAAUCUGUCCUGCAAAGGAUAGUACACUUGCUACCUCCAGUCUUAGCCAUACGUUCCAAUUAUCUCUCCUUCCUCCACAAGUUUGCACUUGUUCACUUCCCUUCACUGAUUUGAAAGGAAAUGACUGGAAUAAUAAAUAUGGUAGAAAAUCCCACUAGACCAGGGAUAGGCAACUUUGAUGGGGGUGGGGACCACAAAACAUCUGAACUCAUCAUGAGGGUCCGCAGUGGCUCGCGGGUCUGCGUAACCACAUCCAUACCCACACAUGCAGUCAGAACCGGCCCGAGCCUUUUGGGGGCCCUAAGUGGAAUUUUGUGUGUGUGUAUCUCAAUGUUCUACACAUUUUGCCAUGGGGCGGAGAACAUUUUUUGCAGUUUUAAAGCAAGUUUGCUGCAAUUCUAAUCAUUUCCAAGGGGGCGGAGAGAAAUGUGCAGUUUUUAUUAUGAUAUCUGGUAUUGAAAUUGCACCUUGUGUAUUCUACUAUUCUAACUCUCAACAGUAAGUUGAGACCCCGACUGAGUUCCUAAAUUUUUUUCUUUCAUAUUUGGAAAUGUAUCCGCAGGCCUACACCGGGACAGCAGUUGCCCAUCCCUGCGUUGGACAAUGACUCUACAAAUCCAAUGUUUUUAGAUUUGUGGGUGAAGUAGUGAAGGACUGUACACUUCAGGAGGAAGGAGAUAUUACUGGGACGUACCCAUGACUAGGUCAGGGCAUGAUGUGGCCUUAAUGAGAGGAGCCUUCCAGAACUGUAAAGGAACAGGGAAAGGGUUAAGAGAAGGGAAGAGCAGUGGUCAGAUUGAGUCCAUAUGGUUGUGUGCUGGUGUCAAUGCACAUGUUCACGUUGACAGUACUCAACAAUUCAAUUGUUUCUAAAUGACAUGUACAUUGUUAAAUAACAAUAAAAUGGGUAUGCUGCGGCAGCUUUGCAUC